AUGAACGCCUUCCUUGCACUCUGUCUUCUCGUUAGUGUAAUUGCUGUUGAAGGCAGCUAUGACUAUGCUCCCAAAUACAGCAGUUUUGGAUAUGUUGCCGCCAAGAUCGCUAAAGGGACCUGUCCUUAUGGUUGGAGUUUGUAUCAUGGGAGCUGUUAUUAUUUUAGCAGAGAUAGACUGUCAUGGUGGCAGGCUUCUAUGAAAUGUGCUUCUAUGGGAGGAUUUUUAUGCAAUGUUGACGAAGCCCAUGAAAACACAUAUAUCAGACAUCACCUUGCUAUGUACGGAGUAACUCCUGGAGCAUGGAUGGCCCUGAACGACUGUCUUUACCCCAACGCUCACAGAUGGAGCUGGGGAUUCACAAAGAGGCGAUGUCACAAGUUUGAUUGGUACGGUAACGAGCCCGUGUACCAUAAAAAGGGAGACUGGAAUUGUGGAGCUUUCUGGUCCAGUUACAAAUAUCACUGGCAUGUCGAUAGCUGUGCUCAGAGAAACUACUACGUCUGUGAAAUGAAAUUGGGAAAACCAUGCAGAUGCCAGUAUUAAUUCAUUGUGGAUUUCUUAAUAAAUGUUUAAACAAGAAUUA